AACAAGGGGGCUCAGGAGGAGGAGUCAGGUCGAGGGGCAUGUCCAGUGUCGCCCAAUCGAGGUGGAAUCCCAGAGUCACCGACAGGUCAGGGUCGGUCUCUACGGUACCGCCGGGUCAACAGCCCCGAAUCUGACCGUCUGUCUGCUGCUGAAGGCCGGGCCGACGCCUACGGACAGAGGUCCAGGAUGGACAUCCUCGGCUCUCCGUCUCGUCACGUCUACUCCUCCCAGCCGGCUCAGAUGCUGUCCGUUGAUCCUUGUUGCCGCGGCGACCGCCUGGCCAGCGGCCGUCAGGAGGUGUCGGUGGCGUCCGUCGACCAGGAGGCGCACAGCAACGCCUUCAUCCGCUCCGUCCCGCUGGCCGAGGAGGAGGACUUUGACAGCAAAGAGUGGGUGAUCAUCGACAAAGAGGCAGAGCUACGAGACUUCCAACCAACCACGUCAGGAACCACUGACGAGGAGCCCGAGGAGCUACGACCCCUGGAGGAGCAGGAGGAGAGGAGGAGGCUCAGGGCCGCAGGAGGGGAGCUGGUGGUUCGUCCAAAGACCCACACCAGAGAGAGCAGCCGGGGGAUGCUAACGCUAACGGAGGAGGAGGCGUCUAGGAGGAGCGGCGGUAGCCCCGCCCAGUCGCCCUGUCACUCGCUGCCGUCAGGACGCCCCCGCCGGAGAGAGUCAGAGCCCAUUGGACCUCAAAGACCGGUGUUAUCGCCCACGGAGCAGAGCAUCCCGUCGCCAACCUCUCCGGACUAUCGGACAAAGGGCCAGAGCGACGAGAAGGAGCAUUUCCACAUCCUUCCUCAGCUCCAGGUCAAAAGGGCCGACUUUCUCACCGUUAUGCUCACCGGUACCUUGCCUCAGCGCCGGAGCUUUGCCACGCCAGACGAAGAAAUCCAAGAACCUCCAGGGCCAAGGGAUGACGACGUCACGAAGAGUGAGUCCAACAGUGAGGCCAGUCAGAAGAGCACUGAACGUAGCCAGGACGCUGCGCCUUCAACACUCAUGGCCGAGGACCAGAGGGGCCAAAGGGAGCACGCCUCAGCUGCUGAUGCAGACCCUGACCUGGAGGACGCUUCCAAAACCCUCGUCCUUUUCUCACCUGGAGACACUCGUAAGUCUCCCUCUGGUUGUGAUCAUGUUCUAGAGGGAGAGCUGGCCACACCGUCUGCUCUCAGUACGACCCGCCUCAUUGUCGGGGAGGUGAUUCAGCCUGAACCCUCUGAGACUGGCCGUUUGUCCCCUGCUCUCAGGUCAGACCUGAGGCCUUCCACUCCCAUCGCUCCUGCAUCUCCGCCCUUCACCAAAGUUGAGCGCACUUUCAUCCAUAUCGCAGAGACAUCACACCUCAAUGUCAUGUCUUCCAAUGGUCACUCAGCCAAGGAGAGUGCGGAAGUCUUGGCCAUCAUGAAGGCAUCAGCGGUAGAGGGUGACACCCAUGAGCAGGAGGGAACACCAGUGACAGAAGAGCUUCUAGAGGAGUCUGUACCAGACACAACUACACCAGUUGACAAAUACCCCAAAACUGAGAAUGGUCCGUCAACUGUCUUGGCCCAGUCUUUGGAGCCUGUCCCAGAAUCCAUGUCACCAGUUCAUACAGAUCUGUCACAAGAGCCUAAGAAACAGCCAUUAUCCAGUGAAGAAGCUGCCAAGCUUCAGACAACCGGAUCAGAACUACCACCUGUCACAAAACCCAGAAUCCGAAGCCGUAUCCCAGUACUCAUCUCUGAAGAGGAUUCAGGCUCAGAGCAGUCCUCCUCCCUCUCAGCUCGGGCUCGUCUUCAGCAGCGGGCCAGGCAGCUGGACUUGGCCCGCAUGCUGGUCCAGAAGCAACAGGGUCGCUGGAUGAGGAGGAGGAUGCUGUCUGGGACGUCAUCAUCCCUGUCCUCUGGGGACGAUGAGCGCCGGAGGGCUUCUGAAACUCUGUCCACCACCGGCUCAGAGGAGGACACGCAUACCUCGGAUGAGUCCAGGAGGAGCUCCCGUCUCAAAACGACUGAAGAGCAAGGCUCCAAGGAGUGCAGGAGCAGGAUCCCCAGGCCUGUCACCCCCAUAAAGAGGCCAUCAGGGGGGCUCGCUGCUGCUGCUCCUUCUCCGCUCUCCUUGCCAGACUCCGGUUCUACCAAAGGAGCAUCAUCCUUCACUAACGGGAAUCAGAAAAUUGGACUAAGCACUCUCAGCUCUCAACUGAAAACCAAACCUGUCUCGCCCAGGUCCUCCUCCUCAUGUCCCCGUCCAUCUGCUGGCCCGUCCGGCAGCCCUCGAAUGCCCCUGCGAGUCCUGUUUGGAACCCGACGCAGCCUUAGCUCCAACCACUGCAGGACUGACAGCCCCUCCCCUCAGAGAGUAUGUCCGUCCAGGCAGCCCCUCUCGGUUCGAGCCCCAACCGUCCCUAUGCUGCCACCCAGGACUACAACAGCCAUGCGGCGCAGCGUCUCGCAGGAAGCCACCGUCCAGACCUCCUCUGGCGCCACGCCCGCCCGGAGCAGGCCGAAACAAGCCGGUGCGGCUAAGGCAAAGCCGAAUGUCAGGGAGAAGGUGGUGCCCGCUAGAUAAUACAAAGAGACUCAUAGCUGAGACAUGUUUGUGUAUAAUCAGUCUUCGGACACGAUACGCCUCAAAGGUUCUCACCUGACUCCACAUUAGACUGUGAUGUUACAAUCACCUCCUUCAAUUUAUUUAAUGUACACGGACCUCUUAUUCUUUUUCCAAGGACAGCUUACUGAACUAUCUUCAUGGGCUUCCAAUAAUCUUCACUAACUGUCGGACAGGAGCGUUGCUGCCAUGGUGCUAUGGAUACGUCUUCUGCUCCGUGGUUUAAACCCUGAUUUGACUGGUUUCUGGAGCUGAGAAUCAUGGCCUCCAACAAGUCCAGUU